CGGAGCUAGAAUGUCCUUGCUCCCGUUCUUCCGGUGCUGCUCUAGCCUCCCCGUUGCUGAUUCCGGCGUCUUGGUGGCCAGUUCUGCGGGUGAAAGUCACUUUGAGGAAGCCGCUGCUUCGUCAGCCUCAUUGCGAUUUUUUCCAGGCCUCCCCAUCUCCAGGGGUGAGGAAGGUUGGAGACCAGUGGAUGCAGUGGCAGCAAGAGGAGGAGGCCGGGUUCCUUCGGGAGGUUUGGACCCCAAACAGCCUUGCCUUCCUUGGGCAUACAUGGAGGAAGAGGCACAUGCAGACAGUCCUACUUUCCUUGAAAAUGUCUGAAUCCAUAAGAAGCAAGAUAGAGAACUACAAAACAGCUCCAUUUGACAGUAGGUUCCCCAAUCAAAAUCAAACACGGGGCUGCUGGCAGAACUACCUUGAUUUCCAUCGCUGUGAGAAAGCUAUGAAUGCCAAAGGCUCUGAUCCCUAUGUUUGUCAGUGGUAUAAAAAAGUAUACUCAUCCCUGUGCCCUUCUUUUUGGAAAAUGUCUGAAUCCAUAAGAAGCAGAUAGAGAACUACAAAACAGCUCCAUUUGACAGUAGGUUCCCCAAUCAAAAUCAAACACGGGGCUGCUGGCAGAUUACCUUGGUUAGUAUAAUUGAUGCAUGUGAAUGUUUGCUUCUCUGCAUUAUGGAUAAGAAAAAAGAUUUCAUAUUCUGAAAUCUUUAUAAAACAUGUUUUUCUCUGUUGAAGUAAAAAUAAUAUAUUUAUGGAAAGUUUAAGCCUAAAAA